AUGGUUGCAGGAGAUGGUUUGGAACCAAGAAUGAUUGUGCUUUGGUUGGGUGAAAGUGUCUGGAAUUGCUUGCUUGGUAGCAUUCACAAAUCGGGGAUCAUAAAAAUUCCUGUGAACAAAGAGAAUGUUCCAGAAAUGGAAUCUUUCCUCAGAACCAGUUGCCCUGGCUCGUUUUGUGUAGGGAAAUUUUUCGAUAUGCUCAGCAAGGAAUAUCCAGAUAAGCACAUCGAAAUGAGUCUGCAUACGUCAGAUGAACCAUAUGUGCACAUGAAAACCGAUGACAUCACUGUUGGUGGCCAAUUCGCACUCGACUUACACGUCGGCUCUAUAUACACCACUAAACCUCUUGCGACAAUAAUACUUGACGGAACUAUGUCCGUUACACCAAGUGUUGUUGAGGACAAGCUAGUCGGUAAAGUCACUAACCUCAACUUUGAAUUCAAGCCAGGACCAUCAGAAAUCGGCGAGAUCUCACCCAUGUAAGU